AUGUUGGGUGUACGUCGACCAACUUUAGUCCGUCAGAUGGCGUUUCGACAAGACUCCAAGGAUGCGGAUCUGACCGUAUUACACGGUCACCUUGCACCACCUACAGUGCCUCCAGAUAGUCCACGACCACAAAAGGACACCAAGAGUGACGUUCUCACAAUUUUCAUCAAUUUUGCACUAGUCCUUUCUUUGAUUCAGUUUUUAAUAGCUAUUCGGUCGUAG